AUGCGUCAACUCCUCAUCGACAAGGAGUUCAUCGGCGGUCAAAUCAAGUAUAACAGCAAUCGGUUGUCUUAUGAGAGCAAAUGUGGGAAAUCCAAAGUGUGGAAGCGUUUCGUCCACGUCUUGUACGACAACAAAGUGACCGCUUUUGUCAAAUGCAUAUAUUGUGACACAAUUAUCACAAAGACCUCCUCUUCCGGCACUUCUGGUCUUCUCAAACAUAAAUGCAAACAAAUGAAGGCUUUGGGGAUCGACUUAACGCUUGAUGAAGAAGUCACUCACAAAGACGUCCACCCUUUAGGUGACGCUACGGACCCAUCACUGGUCGCUGUAGAGAGUGACGAGUUAUCGGAUCCAAACGAUGGACACAAUGUCUAUCAAUUGAAGUAUAAGAAAGAGUCAACCCUUGCGUCAUAUCAAACGCGUGAGAAAUUGAUGAUUAUUGAUAUGAUUAUGAGUGGCGACCAAAGAGUGAGUGUCGCGACAGAGAAGGGCAAGAGUGAGGUCUGGAACCGAUUUGAACGCAUUCUUGUGGACCAAAUGCCUUCGCUAUACGUGAAGUGCAAACAUUGUGAUAGUAUUCAUAAACACACCCACACUGUGGGCACUAAAGGACUACUUAAACAUCGCUGCAAGACAUUCACCGAAGAGGACAUGAUUGACAGCAAACCCACUCAGAAAACUCUGAUUAUAGACGACAAGACUUUAAUCAAACAAUUGACUGAAGAGACCAAUAGUCUGAAACUUAUUGUUGAAAAGUGUCUGCAAAUGAUUGACAACUGUUUUUGUGACAAUAAGUAUAGCUCUGACCAAAGGAAAGAAGUCAAUCAAUUGCUUAACGAUUAUAACAAAUUUGUCUCAAAAACUCAAACUUAUGAAUCAAUUGUUACACCAAAAAACCGGAACACAGAAUCAGGCGCUAAUACAGCGUUUGAUAAUUCAGUGAUUACUACUAAAAGUGGUCCAAAGAUUGGUUAUAAAGUUGUCAAUAGAUCUCAUUUUAUUCGAACUAAGAAUCGCAACAGAAAUCGAGAUGGAGAUAUGUGUGCGAAUGGCCCGGAACACAGCGAUACCAUUCAUUUAGGGCUUAAAACUUUUAUAUGCGAUUGGCCCGGCUGUGAGGAGCAGUUUGAGAAAAAGGUUCACUUAACCAGACAUACCAUCAAAUGUCACACACACGACCAUCCUUUCAAAUGUGAUCAGUGCUCCUUUGGAUCCAACUAUAAAGCUCAUCUAAUAUACCAUCAAAGAAGUGUUCAUUCAUCGGAAAAGGCAUUCCUGUGUGAUUGGCCCGGCUGUGAUUUUGGCACUAAUUAUGAAAAAGUUCUGAAAACACAUAAAUACACUCAUUCUGGAGAAAAGCCAUAUAAAUGCAAUUGGCCCUCUUGUGAGUGGACCUUUCGACAGCCCCAUCACUUGAAGGCACACACACUUAAACAUACGGGUGAACGUCCGGUUAGUUGCCAACACAUUAGUUGCGACCGAAAGUUUACUUCACGACAAGCGAUGAGAUAUGUUGAGCGAUACGACGACUCGACGCUCUCACGCAUGCAAUGCCAGUAUUGGACAACAAAACAGGCGUUUCUUCGGAAACUCAAACGAAAAGAAGACGAUUGUAUCGUCGCCUCCGACGCCGAACUCGACGCCAAACUCGAGUUGUUGCGGUCGAUUGACGAGUCGUGUCAGAACCUGAUCCUAGUGUUGGAGGCAUAUCAGGACCGCAUCUGCGGUUUGGCUCACGAAGAGUCGGCCGCCGGACGCUUCCUCAAGGAGUGCUCCAAACUGGACAAGACUCGGGCCGGGAAAAUGAUGGCCGCGUCCGGUAAGACCAUGUGCUAUACAGCCCAACAACGGAUCCAAUUGCGGAACCCAUUGGUGCGACUCUACCAAGAAGUGGAGACAUUUCAAUACCGAGCGGUGGCCGACACUAUGCUAACCGUCGAUAAGAUGGAGUCCUCGCGAACCGCAUAUCGCGCGGCACUCCUGUGGAUGAAAGACGUGUCCGAGAAGUUAGAUCCGGACACUUAUAAACAGUUGGAUAAGUUUCGUAAAGUGCAGAGUCAUGUCCGCAAAACAAAGGUCCGCUUCGAUCGCCUCAAAGUGGAUACUCUCCAGAAGAUUGAUCUGUUGUCGGCCUCGCGUUGUAAUAUGUAUUCCAACGCUUUGGUCGGUUAUCAGAACUCUUCGGUUCAGUUCUGGGAAAAGUCGUCCAAAACGAUGGCCGCCGUCGCCGACACUUUCAAGGGAUACCAAUAUUACGAAUUCACGACACUUAAGGAGUUGACCGAAACGAGCAGAAAGUUGGCCGAAGACACCGCUAAUAACGAUGACAUUCGGAAGAUCUUUGACGACAACGAUGACGACGAAGACAAGGAUCGGCUUAUUUUCUUUGAGGCCGAUUAUAGGGACGACGACUCCACCAAUAAAGCCAAUAAAGAUAACAAGAAAUUUAAACCAUUUGGCAGAAAGACUUCGACUCAAAACAAACCAAAAGCUGUUCCCCAAAAGAGCUUUGAUUCCAAAGCAAACAAUUCAUUACUUGAUCUCAACUUUGAUUCCAAAGGAGACAAUAGUUUGAAAAAUAGUUUAAAGACAUCGGAAGCGCAACAAAACACUGAUAUUUUGACUCUAAGUGACACAAAAAUGGAUGACUUGAGUCUCUUGAAUGAGAUAUUGAACGCACCGAACGCUCCCAUUAUUGAGACCAACGCCAGUACGGGUGCUAUCGGUGGGGCACCCAAUACAGGGGCCACUGGUGUCGAUGCGUUUAUGCCGAGCCAACUCAUUGACUUGAAUUCAUUCAAUUACUCAAUGAAUCAAAUGAACGCAUCGCUGAAUCCAAUGACCAGAAGAGAGAAUUUGGUCGAAAAGAACAAAAACGUCAAUUUGAAUGCAAAUAAGGAUAAAGCAACCAAAAAGGCUGAAGAACUGUCCUCGUGGUUCAACCUCUUUGCAGACUUGGAUCCGCUCGCGAAUCCCGACGCCAUCGGGAAAAAGGCGGACCAAAUAGAAGAGAGAAAUUGCUAAUCAAAUUCGGAGCUCUUUAUUAAUAUAUAAUUAUUAAUAAUUUAUUAUUUAAACUAUUGUUUAUUCCAAUUAUUUAACGUAAUAUUGAAGUCUAUUAUUAUCUCAAAUCUAG